UUAGGCGGAGGAAGAGCUUCGUAUCCUCCUCUAUCGAGAAUCUUCCUAGUCUCUCCUUGCAUACUCAACUCAAUACGUGUGCGAAACCGGCUCCUUUUCUUGGUCUCUCUUCCGCUGGCAGUCUCGUUGUCACGCCGGAAGCCCUAAGCGACUUUGGAUAGCGUCGUUACGUGGAGUUUAUAUUCGUUAGGUAUUAUGGCGGCUGAGGAGGAAAACCCUGCAUCCACUCCACCAGCAGAGCCUUCUGUUUCCGUCCCUGAUGGUCCACCUGGGGUUUCGGGUCUUUCGACCAUCAGUGUCACCCCGGAUCCACCAAUACAACCUAUCAGUGCCCCAGUAAUUCCCGUUCAACCUUUGCCUACUAUUGCUCCAAUUCCUACAGUUCCUAUUGCCCCAGUUGGCCGGCCGUUAGCCCCACUUCCGAUGCGUCCACCUGUCUUAAGGCCGCCUGUGCCGCAAAAUGGCGAGGUCGGAGCUAGUGACUCUGAUUCUGACCAUGAUGACUCCCGAACUGCUACUGGUUCUACAGAGUAUGAGAUUUCAGAAGAGAGUAGACUGGUGAGGGAGCGGCAGCAACAGGCUAUGCGGGAGCUGAUGACGAAGCGUCGUGCUGCUGCUCUCGCAGUGCCUACUAAUGACAUGGCUGUCCGUGCUCGUCUUCGUCGGCUUGGUGAACCCAUAACGCUUUUUGGAGAGCGAGAGAUGGAAAGGCGGGAGAGGUUGCGGACGAUUAUGGCAAAGCUGGAUUCUGAAGGGCAGUUGGAGAAGCUGAUGAAAGCUCAUGAGGAGGAGGCAGCAGCUGUUUCAGCUGCAACUGAAGAUUUUGAGGAAGAAAUGGUUCAGUACCCUUUCUAUACUGAAGGAUCAAAGGAGCUAUUGGAUGCUAGAAUUGAUAUUGCAAAAUACUCAAUUUUAAGAGCAGCAUCGCGUCUUGAACGUGCUCGUAGGAAAAGGGAUGAUCCGGAUGAAGAUGUGAAUGCAGAGAUUGAUUGGGCUCUAAAGCAAGCCAAAAGUUUGGUUCUCGAGUGCAGUGAGAUUGGGGAUGAUAGGCCUCUUACUGGUUGUUCCAUCUCACGUGACGGGAAAAUGCUGGCAACCUGUGCAUGGAGCGGAGUUGCUAAACUGUGGAGCAUGCCUCAAUUAAAUAAGGUUUCUGCCUUAAAGGGGCACACAGAACGUGCAACUGACGUUGCAUUCUCUCCUGUGCAUGACCAUCUGGCGACUGCUUCAGCUGACCGAACUGUAAAAUUAUGGAAUACUGAUGGAUCCCUCCUUAAGACGUUUGAGGGCCAUCUGGAUCGUAUUGGACGUAUUGCCUUUCAUCCUUCAGGGAAGUAUUUGGGCUCAACUAGCUUUGACAAGACUUGGAGACUGUGGGACAUAGAUACUGGAGUGGAGCUGCUUCUUCAAGAAGGUCAUAGUAGAAGCGUAUAUGGGAUAACCUUUCACCCUGAUGGAUCAUUAGCAGCAUCUUGUGGACUUGAUUCCCUUGCACGUGUUUGGGACCUUCGCACUGGGAGAAGUAUCCUCGUUCUAGAAGGUCAUGUUCAGCCGGUUCUUGGUGUCAGCUUUUCACCCAAUGGAUAUUAUUUAGCUACUGGUGGUGAAGAUAAUACUUGUCGCGUGUGGGAUUUGAGGAAGAAAAAAUCUUUGUAUAUAAUACCUGCGCACUCAAAACUUAUAUCACAAGUGAAGUUUGAACCUCAAGAGGGUUACUUUUUAGUCACUUCUUCAAGUGAUAUGACAUCAAAGGUUUGGUCUGGUCGAGAUUUCAAGCCCGUGAAAACUUUAUCUGGUCAUGAAGCAAAAGUUAAUUCUCUGGACAUAAGUGCGGACGCGCAACAUAUUGUGACCGUCUCUCAUGAUCGGACCAUCAAACUUUGGCGUGGCAGUAGCAAUGGUGGGGAAGACCGUAUGGAUAUGGACUGAUCACCUCUGUGUGUGAGCAUCGUCACUUUCAUUUCUCAAUUUUGCUUAAAAAGUUCUACUGAGGAGUUUGACACAAAAGCAUAGUUGCACCGGCAGCGAUACUUUCUACUCUGGCAUGACUUGUUAUUCCUCUGAGACAAUACGUUGAUGUUAUUGCUGGGCAAGACACUAACAAUUUAUUUUAUGCUCAUUUUAUCAACAAUUUUUUUAAAAAAAUUAAAAGAGAAGGGAUAAGGAGGCUCGAACUUGAGACCUUUAUGAGAUAUCA